AUGGGCUUGCCUGCCCAGAACAAGAUCUCAUCACCGCAAGCCUCCCUGGCCCGAUUUAGAAAGGGGGACAGGCCCGGGAGUCUAAGCUUGCACCCCUUGGUCUCAACAGAUCACUCCCAGCUUGGGAGCUGGAGGGGUCCUCACAGUGAACAGGCUGAAACCAAGGAGAGUUACUGGUUUUUCCAGUGUGUGGAAGGCCCGGCCUCUGAUUCCCCAUCCGGGCUCUGUGUCCCUGAGAAGUGGCUUCCAGCCCACCUGGACCUCUGCCCGUCCAGGGCACAGCUGCCCGGCACAGAGUCUGCAGGUUUUAAUGACCUGGCCCAGUAUGCCCUCGCUCCAUCUGUUGCCCCAGCAGACAGCCGACCGGGGGUUCCGGGGAGGGGUGGGGGGCUCCCCAUGACAGCUGCCCUAACGGGCAGAAGGCAUCUUUCUCAUUCCCCCGGUGCAGCUUCCAAGCUGGUUGUUUGCCCUCCACCACAAGAAGCCUGUCUCCUUCCUUCAGGGCCAGGACUGCCGGAGCCCCAGGUCUGCAGGGGCUGGGGGGGGGGCUGGGGGUCCCGUCUGUGGGGCCACCCCCAGCACUCCCCUCCUGUCCUCCACGGGUCUGCUGGGGGAGCCCCUGCCAGGCAGGGCGUGUGCCUGAACUAA